CGUGACCGACCGGCCUCCGCAGCCCUCAGAACGCGGCGCAGCUACGUCACUUCCGUCCAGGCCGGAAUCCAAGAUGGCGGCGCUCUUGUUGAGACAUGCUGGGCGCCAUUGCCUCCGAUCCCACCUUAGUCCUCAGCUCUGUAUCAGAAAUGCUGUGCCUUUGGGAACCACAGCCAAAGAAGAGAUGGAGCGGUUCUGGAAUAAGAACACAGGUUCAAACCGUCCUGUAUCUCCUCAUAUCACUGUCUACAGUUGGUCUCUUCCCAUGAUGAUGUCCAUUUGCCAUCGUGGCACUGGUGUGGCCUUGAGUGGAGGGGUCUCUCUGUUUGGUGUGUCAGCCCUGUUGCUCCCUGGGAACUUGGAGUCUUACUUGGAAUUUGUGAAGUCUUUGUGUCUGGGACCAGCACUGAUCUACACAGCUAAGUUUGUGCUUGUCUUCCCACUCAUGUAUCACACCUGGAAUGGGAUCCGUCACUUGAUGUGGGACCUAGGAAAAGGCCUGAAGACUGCCCAGCUCUACCAGUCGGGGGUGGCUAUCUUGGUUCUUACUGUGUUGUCCUCUGCAGGACUGGCAGCCAUGUGAAGAGCUGAAGUUCCCAGCAUCAUCUUCCUACAGAUUGAUUGUCACAAACUGCUUUACCUUCCUGUUCAUCACUCUUAUCUCCAGCCAACAAAGUUAUCUGAUCUUUCUAUCCUUCUAUGUUUGCAGAUGCCCCUGGAGCUCAAUAGACUGGUUAAUAAAACCACAGUAAUAGAAAAGUU